AGGAAUUUGCAGAUGGACACUGCUCUGCUGUACAAAACCCUAGUCAGAGCCUCUCCUCCAUAAUGUACCUGCAAAACAGAUGAACUCAUGGAUUCCUCUGACUUAAAAGAAAAAAGCAGGUACAGAGUUGGUGACUAAUCAUCACAGGCCUUUUGCCUUUAACCAUCAGAGUUAAAGUUCAUGACUAAAAAUGGGCCUGUUUUAAAAAAAAGUAGAGGAAAGAAAACAAAUCACCCUUGACCACCAAGGACUGCCUCUUCCUGACGGCCCCUGUUCACAUAAAUACAGGAAGUAGAAAAGAAAAGAUCAUGCUCUUUUCAGAGCGUUUAGGAGUCAAUCGAAACAGCGCUGAGGAAAAGCGGUGAGGAAUUCAUCAUCUGGAAUUCUUCUUUUUUAAUGGGGGGGGGGUCGGUCCAGAAGCGUGAAAGUUUUGAUGGAAAUGCCAAGGUAUAACUUUCUCUACAAAGAAAACUGAGAAGGAUUCUGAAAGGAGAAGUUUCAGAUUCUAGCUGGAAUGAUGAAAACAUCGAUGGGAAACGAGGGAAGCGGGCCUGCUACAGAGACUGGAAAGGAGGAGGAAGAUAAAGGUCCAUCAAGUCAGCCUGUUGCUCUGAGGAAUUGUUUUCACCUGCAGAGGAACAGUAUCCUUGAGAAGCUCAUCAAAAGCUGCCCAGUUUGGCUUCAGUUUGGCAUCAAUCUGGAAAAGGCUUCUGACAUACUCUGCAAGGAACCAUCGGGGAUAUUUCUGGUUCGGAAAGAUGAGACCUUGAAAAAUCUAUUCCUGUUAGUUCAUUUUCCAGCCCAGAAAGAGGGAUGUGACAUUCUAGAAUACAAGAUAAAAGAAGAAAAAUCAUUAUUGCACCUGGAAGGAUCUCUUCUUGUGUUUGAAGACAUCUUCAAAUUGGUGGCAUUCUACUGUGUCAGUAGAGAUCUGCUUCCGUACACACUAAGAUUGCCACAAGCAAUAUUGGAAGCCAAUAGUGCCACAGAAUUAGAAACCAUCUCUGAUUUGGGGAUAGGUUUCUGGAACUCCUCUUUGCAUCAAAGGCAAGGAAGAAGGCUUCUCCAUUCUGUGAAAGAUCCGGCUUACAUCACAGCUCAGGCAAAAAAAGGAAAGAACCCCAGCCAGCCUUUUGCAAGCGGCACAAACAAUUAUUCACGUGAAACUGAGCUGUCAGUAGGAAGUGACAAGCUGUGGUUUGUAAAUCCUAUUUUUAUAGAGGAGAGCAGCUAUCCGUUUCCCCCACAAGUUUCUCCUUCAGAGAUCUUCAGGGAGAGUCCUUCUGGUGGUAGAAACAUUGUGACAAAACUUCCAAAGAGAUCUCCUACUCGACGUCCUCCUCCUCCUCCUUCUCUUCUUCCUCCUCCUCUUCCCCCUCCUCCUCCACCACCACCACCUCUAUUGUCCUUUCAUGCUGUGAAACAAACCAAAACAUCUUCUAUGACCCCUUCCAAAGAGGAUCAAUUCCAUAAUUUGGAGAAAACCAAAAAAGAGAUGAAAACUGAAAUUAGCAGAGACAAGGAAGAGAGCAGCCCAGAACUCUUUUUUCCUCAUAGCCUUCCAUCUCCAAAGUCGAAGAAGAUUCCUCCAUCCAUUCCACCAAGGCGAUGUUCAUUUGAGAGAACUUCAGGAAAUUCUUCCUUCGAUAAAAGAACUUCACUGCCAGAAGAAAAACAAGUAGAAAAACAGAACAGGGGGAAUGAAGCUUUGGCUAAUGAUCACCAGUGUGAUGAGGUUCCAAAUGUAUUGGCAGAAGUGACGGAGAAAUCUGCCCCAAAUGCUGAAAAAGUAAAGCCUACUGGAGAGGACAAGAAGGAACUUACAGAUCAGCAGCAGAAUUUAUCAGGAAAAACCCCCCAGCCUCCUAUCCAGCCUCCCAUCCCACCACUAAGAAAGAAGAAGUUCUUUAAGCAGUCAUCAUCUACCACCUCUUUUUCUUUGGAGCACACUGAAGAGUCAGAGGCCCAACAAGAAAAUAAACAAAGAGUAGAAAAAACUUGCUCCAUUUCCAAAAAGAAAUCAAAAUCUGGCCCUAAACUUGUCAGCAUAUCGGAUUCUGAACGUUCAAGUGAUUCAUUGCAUUGUCCUGUAGGCAAUGCAAGGGCUCAAAUGUCUGCCUCCGAGCCAGAUUCUUAUUCUACAAGUAGCACUGAAGAUGAGUUCGAAUUGACGACCAGUCCUAUUGUAAAGAAGACCCAUUCUAUGAUGUUAGGCAGAGCCAAGCAUCGUCUGUCCAUGGUCAGCCUAAGCAAUGUCUUCACAGCAUUUCUCUCUUCUGACCGAAAGCUCCAGAAGAAGAUUGUGGAACUGGCCCAGGAUAAAGACUCUUACUUUGGCAACUUGGUACAGGACUAUAAAGUCUACAGUCUGGAGAUGAUGGCAAAGCAGAUCUCCAGCACAGAAAUGCUACAAGAGAUUCGCUUAAUGAUGACACAAUUGAAGAAUUACUUAAUUCAAAGCACAGAGCUGAAAUCUUUAAUGGACCAGACUGUUCACACAGAUGAGAAGUUAGAGGUGAUAAUAGAAUCAGCUUUGCACAAAUGUGUCUUGAAGCCUUUAAAAGUGCCCAUUGAUACUUACCUACGGGAAAUCCAUAACAAAGAUGGAUCUUUCAAACUCCUAAAGGAAAAUCAGGAAGUCAUACAAAAUACAACUACAACCGACUUGGGAGUCACUACUAGUGUGCCUGAAUCUGCAUUGCUGGAGAGAAUACUCCAUAAAUUCACCACCAUGACCAAGACUUAUUCUCCAGAAAAGAAAAUCAGCAUUCUACUGAAGUCUUGCAAACUCAUUUAUGAUUCUAUGACUCAAGGAAACCCAGGGAAGCCUCAUGGGGCAGAUGACUUCCUCCCAGUGCUCAUGUAUGUUCUGGCCCGCAGUAACUUGGCAGAGAUGAUUCUCAAUGUAGAGUAUAUGAUGGAACUUAUGGACCCUGCUCUGCAGCUGGGUGAAGGUUCUUAUUAUUUAAUCACUACCUAUGGGGCAGUAGAGCUUAUCAAAAGCUAUGAUAAGAUUGCAGUCACUCGACAGCUAAGCACUGAAGUUCAAGAUUCAAUCCACCGCUGGGAGAGACGGAGAACACUUAACAAGGCCCGGGCAUCUCGAUCAUCUGUUCAGGAUUUCAUUGCAAUUUCUUUUAUGGCGGCUGAUGCCGAAACAAGGACACUGGCAUAUCGGACCGAUUCCACGACUCAUCAGCUGAUUCAGCAGUGCGCUGAGAAAUUUGAAGUCUUAAAGCCCCAGGACUAUGGGCUGUUUGUUCAAGUUGAUAACAAAACUAUGCAGAUGGAUGAUGAUGCCCUCCCUCAUCAGAUCAAAUCCCAUCUCUUGAAUAAAGAACCCAGGCUGACUUUCUACUUUAUUUAUAAACAACUUGGUGGAGAAGAGUCACCAGUUCCUGUUAUCAAGGACACAGAUGCCUUGUAGCAGUAAGGCUGCUCUCCUGAAGCAAACUUGGUUUAGAUGUUUCUUCUUCCAAACCAUCUCUUCCAUCAGCAGAAGUUCUCCAAAAUGCAGUUUCUGAUCUGGAUGGUGACAUGGAUAGUGUGUGCAAUCCUCCUCUGGGGCAUUUACUUGACAGAAUUCAUUUGCAGUCAUAAAUGGAAUAUCCCAGGAAAGUUCAUUCUUGGAAGGAAAAAAACCACUUGAAUAGUAGUUUAGCGCCUCAAUCCGUGAAUGAAUGAUGUAGCAUUAGUGCCAGAUUCCCUGGCACAAAGUAAAUAGCCUUGAAGUUAUGGACCUCCUGGCAGAUUGUUAGGCAUUGUAGCAUCUUCUCCUCAGGGUUUAUGGAGAUUCUCAGUCAUCCAGAUCCAAUGUUUUUUCAAGAGGCAACUGGACUUUCUUGUUUUUCUUUGAAGAUGUUUUGCUCUCUGACAGCUGAAGAAGCUUCUUGGAUAAGAAGCAAAAUGUCUUCAAAGAAAAACAAGGAAAUCCAGUUGCCUCUUCAAAAAGCACUUUUGGGAUCUCCUCAGUGUAUAACAGAAAGGGCGCAAGUCAUUUUUGAUGGCUGUGACAGAAAAUCCAAAUGUAUUGGAUUUUUCUUUAGUAGUACAAAAAUUAAUAAUGAAUUAAGCAGCUCAGAGUGAUUAGAUUCUCACAUAUCCCUCCUGAGAUGGCCCACAAUGCCCAUCUAAUGGUAAACUGUCAUGGGAUGCUGUAGAUGUCUAUGCACUUACAUAAAAUCUCAGUGUAUCAAUAUAGUAUCUACUGAUAUUAACAAAAAAAAAUCUGAGUGACCGUCUCUCAUAUUCUAUGUCUUUGUUAUAUUCUCUAGUUGCACAUAUUGUAUCACAGCCAAUUCACACCCAUCUUUAUAUUUCCAGGUACAAAAUAAUUUGCCAUGAAGAUAAAAUUGACAAUCAAGAAUAUGGCCAUAAAUUAAUGUAGAAAUGUGUUCAUUCCAUGUCUCCUCCAAAAUUCAUCAUUAUUGUUCAUAAAUGCAUUCUCAGGAGUGUAACAGAAAGCAAUUUUGCAUCAAUAAUUUACUUCUUCAAGGAGAAGAACUAUAUGCCCAAAAUAGAAAGUUUACCUUUGCAUGCCAAACCCUCUAUAUAAGACUGACAACGAUACCUGUUAAAAACUAGGGUGAACUGUUGGCAGUCAGAUCAGAUGUGUGUGCCAGAGUCUAACUCUACAUAAGAAGAGAUGACAAGAGUAGAGAGGGCCAAGUAAAAGAACAUUAUUAUAACAAAAGUUUUCAUAAAUCACAGACCACUUCAUUUAUUUGUGUCUUUAAGCUGCCAUAGGAUUCCUCAUAGUCAUUAUGAUAGCGACUAUGAAAAAACAGUUGACUUGAGGAAUGGUUGUUUUCUUCUACUGUUGGUCCUCUGUACAUUUCCUCUGGGUACAGAAUGUGGCCCUUCCGAGCUCUCCACAACAAUACAAAGUCAGACAUAACCUGGCCAUGAGAAGCUGAACCUUGUGUGUUAGCACAAGAGGAUGAUAGUUUUCGCAUAUGGGUUUGUGAUGCAUUAUCUGGCAUCACGUAAUGUUGAUUUAUACAGCCUAUCUAUCUACAGGCAUUCCUUGUUUAAGGACUACUCAUUCAGCAAUAAUUCGAAGUUGUGAUGUUGCUGAAUGACUUGUACUUGCAACUGGUCCUUGAAGUUUUGAUACUGAUCUGAGCAUUUGGCAACUUGUUUGCAUUUAUGAUGGUUGCAGCAUCUUACAGUCAUGUGGUCACCAUUUGCAACCUCCCUUGUUGACUUCCCACAAGCAAAGUCAAUGGGGAAGCUGGCAGGGAAUGUUACAAGUCACUGUGGUCAUUUUCACACCUCUCCCACCUGGUUCCCGCUCACCAUCCCCCAUCCAGCAGCCUCCCUGCACUUGCACUGUGCCUUGUGGGCUACUUACAUGUCCUCCCCUUCCAGGUCUAUUUGGUCUAUUUGUGAGGCCCCUGGGACCCACUUAGCAAGUUGCAAUCCUCAUCAAACAAUAACUAAGGGCAGUGCCAGGAUUGCCAUCACACGAUGUCACACUCAGCAAUAGAAAUUCUGGUCCCAUUUGCUGCUGUUAACCAAGGAAUACCUAUAUCUAUCUGCCUCCCUGUCUAUCUUGGUUGGCAUCCAAUUUUGGCAGUUGUUCGGCUUACCAUUGAUUAGUUAAGAUGCUAAACUGCUCUGGCAGAGCCUGAAAUCAAUUGUUUCAUUAGGAAGCUCUGCUGGACUGACAUAUUGACGUCUCAGUGUAAGAGGCCUUUUUUGCCACACAAAAAGUGUACCUUCCAGUGAUGUAUUAUUUCUUUUAAACCUGAUAUUGAGAAAUGUGUCAUCCUUACUGUUAAGUCCUCGAGUUAAUGGCGAAAAACGAGCACGCAUUCUGUAAUCAACAGCUCUUUAUUUCUCCUCUGCUAACUCCAACAACAACUGUGAGGCUCGCAGGCCUCUUAUUUAGUGUCCAGAUUCCCAGGCAAAACAGUUACAGUAACUGGCGCGCUUUUGCACCUCGCGCAUGCGUGCAAGGCUGGCGCCGCUCAGUCUGGUCCCGGGCAGCUUGCAGCAACCCCGGGACCAUAGCAAUGUCCCAAGCCUGCUUUUGCAGGCUCAGGACACAACACUUACCAUACCAUUUCACGAGACCUGUGCUCCAAGAAGACCUUUAGAAAUCUAUUUAUUUUCUUGAUUUGUACUGUGUAUUUUAAGGUAAUGGAAACUAUAUUAACAAAGAUUUUGGAGUGGAAAGGCUUUACUCGCCCAGACAUGUCCUCUUAUAUCAGUCUGGUAAAGCAGCUUAGAAGGUCACAAGAUAAUCUUUUGUACUCAAGGUCUGGAAAAGAUGUGGCUACUUGUAUGGACUAUCUUAUCUCUUCAAAUAAUUCUGCAUUAUUGUGUGAGUUUAUAAGAUAAAUCAUGUGUUGUCUGAAGACAUUCCUCCUCCCAAAUAUGCUUGAUUUCUAUCAUUCUCAACUUUGCCAUUAAAAAGAUAUAAAUUUUCUUUAAA